AUGACUGAGAUCAACCUCAUUACUGGCAAUGCUAACAAAAUAGUCGAUAUCAAGGCUAUCCUGGCCCCCUCUGGAAUUGCUGUUCGAAAUCAAUCUCUCGAUUUGCCUGAGAUACAAGGAUCGAUCGAAGAAAUCACAAUCGCAAAAUGUCGCAGAGCCGCAGAGAUGGUCGGUGGUCCAGUCGUCGUCGAUGAUACAGCUCUUUGCUUCAAUGCGAUGAACGGUAUGCCAGGGCCUUAUAUAAAAUUCUUCCUUGAGGCCUUAGGACCCGAAAAGUUGCAUCUCUUACUAGCCGGUUUCUCAGACAAAACCGCUGAAGCAGUGGCGACAAUAGGAUACUGUGAAGGUCCUGGUCAUGAGCCAGUGCUGUUUCAAGGACGAAUUGACGGGACGAUUGUACCCGCAAGAGGUGUGAUGAGAUACGGGUGGCAGACGUGCUUUCAACCUGACGGGAUGGUUCUGACAUUGGCGGAGAUGCCAAAUAAAGAGAAGCAUGGAAUGUCACAUCUUAGUAAAGCUUUGCAAAAGUUUAGCAAAUGGAUGAACCAGUAUUCUGCUGAUGGAGAGGAAAACGAUAGAAACCCUCAAUAA